AUGUUAGAUAUAAGUAUAGACUCUGAGGAGGUACUCAACUUAGAGGAGCAAAGUUAUCAAAAGGGAUUUGAGGAAGGAAUAGCUAAAGGAGCUCAGGAAAGAUAUAUUGAGGGCAAGGAAUAUGGAUUGCAAACAGGAUUUCAAAGAUUCUUGAUAGUGGGAUAUUUAAAGGGCCUUGCGGAAUACUGGGAAGACAAUAUCAGCUCUUAUGACCAAAAGUCAUUGCCCAGUCAUAUAAGUCAAUUGAAAGAAUUACUAAACGGUGUCCCUACUUCAAAUGAGGAAGAAGAUGUCGCAGACUAUGAUAACAAGGUGAAAAAGGCUAGAAAUAAAGCUAGAUUGAUCGCAAACAUGGUUGGAGAUUCACAAAGAGUGAAUAAUAUAGAUUCUUUGGUAAGAGAGGUUGGUGGGACACUACAAGUUAGCGAGAAUGUCGAGGAACUUUGGUAA